AUGGCAAGAGAGAAAAAAACUGUUAAGAAAACUGCACGGAUCACCAGGGAAAAGAAACCCACCGUUAAAGCCAGUAAAGAAACAUCAAAAGCAUCAGUGAAGAAACAGUCUAAAAAUCUCGUAAAAAAGUCUGACAAAACUCAAUCCAUACCGGAGAGUUCACCAACGACGCCUAUUCUAAGAGAACCCAUCGAGAAGCAUAUCCAAUACAGUUUCAAGAUGCCUAGUUUGACUUCUUCAUUCAAGAAAACUAGUAAAAAGUCUUCAUUCAAUAUCGAUUCAUUCAAAGAUGAUGUUAAAAUGUUGGAAAAACUGGUGGUUUUACAAGAGCAACAAUAUUACAAAGGCUUGGACUGUCCAAAGUUCAUGGGUGAAACAAAAUACGAAAUCCUGCGCUUGCCUAGUGAUUUAAGCAUUUUUAAAAAUAUAAUAACACAAAGCACAGAAAUUAUAAAUAAAGUUGAUGAGAACAACAAUCCACAGAACAAAAGGAAUGAAUUUUUGAAACAGAAAUACAAAGACAAGCCCACUUUAAAUGUUAAAGAGAUGGAUGAGAUCACACUGAUAGAUAUUGCAAAUUUACACGGCAUAGAUGUUAGUGAUAUGAACAGCUCAAUAGUGGGGAACAACAACAAUUCCGAUAAAGUUAAUAUCAGAAGUAUUUCAAAAACGUUGGAUAAAUCAUUAUUAAAGCUAAGAGAUGUAAGGUAUCCGUGGCCAUCCAGAUCAAAGAAAAAGAAGCAGGGUGAAGUUACUGACAGACAUAAAAUUUUAGCUCCAAAAAAUGAUGAGAAAACGUUUAACGCUGUUCCUUGGCUCUCUUAA